GGCCCGGGCGCGGCAGUCCCACCGGGAGGGCGCCUGGGGCUGCCGGGCUUCCUCGGCAGGCGGGCGGCGAGGAGCAGAACGGGCCCGCUGUAACGCGCCCUCCGGCGGCUCCAGGGCUUCGGUGAGGCGGCCUGGCGGCCCAGUGUGCACCUUAACCCUCUUUUUCACACCGGUUUCUUUGUUUCUCUUAAAUGCUUCGGGGGUUUUGGAAGACCGAUAGAGUUUUGAACCCAGCAGACCCCUAUAACUGUGUCGUCCGCGGUGUACAGGAUCCUGUUUUUCAACUUCGUGGCUUUAUAACUUAAGUUUUCACAAGUAGCUGUUUCCCUUCCCGUCAGCCGUGUCAGUAAUGGCUUCGGGAACAGCGCUGAUUUAUGAUGAGGAGAUGACCACUCACAAACUACUUUGGAGAGAUCCUGUUUGCGAUAUUGAAGUGCCAGAAAGGCUGUCUUCCUCUUAUACGCAGCUGAAGUGUUAUCAUUUGUUGGAAAGAUGUGUCCAUGUGCCUGCCAGAGAAGGAAGCGAGGAGGAGAUCCUGUUGGUUCACAGUUCGGAAUACUUAGAAGUGGCAAAAAGCACCCAAACAAUGAAUGAAGAGGAACUGAAAAAAGUCUCUGGAAAUUACGAUGCUUUCUUCUUUCAUCCGAACACUUACCGCUGUGCCAAGCUAGCGGUAGGAGCAACUUUGCAGCUGGUGGAUGCUCUGAUGUCAGGAAAAGUGUGCAAUGGAAUGGCAUUAGUAAGACCUCCAGGUCACCACAGCCAGAGAAGUGCAGCUAAUGGGUUCUGUUUGUUCAACAAUGUUGCUAUUGCAGCAGAAUAUGCAAAACUGAAAUACAGUCUACACAGAAUCCUGAUUGUUGACUGGGAUGUGCAUCAUGGGCAAGGAACUCAGUAUAUAUUUGAAGAGGAUCCAAGUGUUUUGUAUUUUUCCUGGCAUCGCUAUGAACAUCAGGAAUUCUGGCCAUCACUCAAAGAAUCUGAUUAUGAUGCUGUGGGUCGGGGAAGAGGAAAAGGUUUUAACAUAAAUUUGCCUUGGAAUAAGGUUGGGAUGGGAAAUUCAGAUUACCUUGCUGCAUUCUUCCAUGUGUUGCUUCCAGUGGCUUUUGAGUUUGAUCCUGAGCUGGUCAUUGUCUCUUCUGGAUAUGAUUCUGGAAUUGGUGACCCCGAAGGUCAGAUGAAUGCCACUCCCGAAGUUUUUGCCCACCUUACCCAUUUCCUGAUGCAGUUGGCUAAUGGCAAGCUGUGUGUCAUCCUAGAGGGUGGGUACCAUUUGAAGUCAUUGUCUGAAUCCGUCUGCAUGACUGUAAGGACUUUGCUUGGAGAUCCUAUACCUCAGAUAACUGGAGAAAUGGCACCUUGCCUAAGUGCUGUUGAGUCUAUUCAAAAUGUGAGAGCAGCCCACAAACCCUACUGGAAGUGGUUGAUGUAUGAAGACGUAUCAUUUUUACCAAACUUGAGCACCAAAUCACACCUACUAACAAAAGCUGAUCCAAAUCCCAUCACAGAGCAUGAAUCUAAGAUAACUAACAACAACAAAACUGUUGAAGUAGAAAGGUUUUUGGAACUGCACAUGAAAAACAUUCUAUUUCCAGUGCCUCCCAUCAAAACAGCAACAACAAUUGACUCUAAAGGGUCAGCACAUUUUCUCCCUGGACCUGUUCAUUUGGUGAAGGAAAUGGACAAAAGUGAAAUCAAAGCCCUUGUCAGCGGCUUUUACAUAGACAUUGUGAAAGAGGACAAAACUCUGUUCUCUCUUGGCAGUGUGUUGGCUGUCCUAGAUAAAAUACUUAAGAAGGAGGUAUGCAAUGGAAUUGCAGUAUCCCCCACUGCUGUGUCUGUUCCUGUUGCACUAAGACAUUCUGUUCAGUUUGGAUUUCAAAGAGUGCUUUGUAUAUUUGUUGGAGACAUGCAAAUCAGACCAAAUACAGAAGAUGGAAAAGUACUUAUGGUACAUAUUUGUGAGAAAGAAGAGUUUGGAAAGACCAGCUCCAAACACUAUAUUUCUCUAAGCUGGAAAGAGGAUGCCAAAGGAAAUGAUUUCUUUUCUGCUGUACUUGGAGUAAUUCUUCCUGUAGCAUACAGUUAUCAACCAAACUUGACAGUAAUAGCUGUUGGACCAAACAGGAGCCUUGGAAUAAGUGGGAUUUCUCUGCUUUUUGCUUUGCUACAAGGAUUAGCUGAAUCUCGCAUUUUUGCAGUGAUUGAGGAUACGGAGAUAAACUUAAUGCAAAGUGUAGCCAAAGCAUUAGUGGGUACUUCUACACCUCACUUUGGAGUUUUUGUACCUCCUACCCAGGAAAAAGUAAAACAAAUAAAAAUAUUAAGAGACCAAUUUCAGCAGGAAUGGAAAAUGCUUCAGUGUUCAGUGAAGGAUGGGAUUUCAAGAAGUUGACUUCAGAAUCAUUUUACACAGCAGAAGAAAAUGUGUUGCUGUUCAUGUUGCCUUUUAAAUCACCAGGAAAAGAGCUGGUCAAUCUCUAAACAGAGUGAGGGUCAUUCACAAUUAUCUUCUGUUUUUAAAACUGUUUAAAUGAGUAUUUUCAGCUGGAGAACUCUGCAAAUUCUAUAUCGGCACUAGUUAUUUGGGACUGAUGCCUGAAACAAUUCCUGUACUUCAUGACUGCAAACUGGGGCCUGUGUCGUUUGUGACAUUGUAAAGCAGGCUUGUAUGCAGUAGCUUGACUCAAGUUCAAGAAUUCCAGAAGACAGGCAUCUGAAAUGAGCAAUCAUAACAGCCAAACCAUUUUAGUACUAUUCAACAUUAUGCAAAAGUGCUUACACUGCUGCCACUACCAAUGCUUAAUUGGGAGUUUAAGCUUAACAACCAUUAUCAUCACAAGUGUGAUACAGGACAUGCACACACUGUAGGUGUUCAGCUGCUUUUCUUUCUUUUUACAACUGACAACUGCCCAUUAGAAAAAUUAAAAGAACAGACAAUGUUAGGUGAAUCCUUUGUAUCAGAUUAUGAAAUAAAAUUUCACUUGUGAUGAUAAUGGGCAUGGGCAUGAGAGAAAAAAGAAAAAUUGCAUUUAUAACCUGAUAUAAUUGAAUAGAGCAGUGUAGAGGGGACUUCACUCACCCUUCUUUCCAAACGUAACUUGUUUCUGUAACAGAUAAAAACCCCAAACCCCCAGAGGUUUGGUAGUGGUCUAA